UUCGGUUCUGGACUGAUGUCUUAAUCCAAAAAGUUGUGUAUGUCGACUUUUAUCAAACAUUAAUAGUUUAUGUGCAAGUAGUGUUUUCAUAUUGCUAUUUCUGUGACAUAUUAUUGCUAAUUUUUAAUUCUUCUGAAUUUUGGACGAAUAAACCAACGAGAAAUAAGGAUGAGUGAAGAGAGCAACCCAAGAACAUUGUACGUCGGGAACCUAGAUGCCUCGGUGUCGGAAGACCUUCUAUGUGCGUUAUUUUCUCAAAUUGGUCAAGUCAAAGGAUGUAAGGUAAUUAGAGAACCGGGAAAUGAUCCAUACGCUUUUCUUGAAUUUACUAAUCAUCAAGGAGCAGCAACUGCUCUGGCUGCAAUGAACAAACGAGUGUUUCUUGACAAAGAAAUGAAGGUUAACUGGGCAACGUCACCUGGUAAUCAUCCUAAACAAGACACAAGUAACCAUUACCACAUAUUUGUUGGCGAUCUUAGCCCCGAAAUUGAAACUCAAACGUUGAAAGAAGCAUUUGCUCCAUUUGGCGAAAUCUCUAACUGUAGAAUUGUACGUGAUCCCCAAACACUCAAGUCUAAAGGUUAUGCUUUUGUCUCCUUUGUUAAGAAAGCAGAGGCUGAAAAUGCUAUUGCUGCUAUGAAUGGUCAGUGGUUGGGAAGCCGAAGCAUUCGUACCAACUGGUCUACCAGAAAACCUCCACCACCUCGAAAUGAUCGAGUUAGACAAAAUAGUACUAAUAAACAGCCAACAUUCGAUGAAGUGUACAAUCAGUCAAGUCCUACCAAUUGCACAGUUUAUUGUGGUGGAUUUGUAAAUGGUAUCACAGAUGAGUUAAUUCAGAAGAUAUUCUCACCCUAUGGAACCAUUCAAGAUAUCAGAUGCUUCAAAGACAAAGGCUAUGCGUUCAUAAAGUUUUCAACUAAAGAAGCAGCGACUCACGCGAUCGAAGGUGUCCACAAUAAGGAGAUCAAUGGCCAGAUUGUUAAAUGUUUCUGGGGUAAAGAAUCUGGCGAUCCUAAUUCGGUAAGUCCGGCAAAUAUGAAUGCAAACAAUGCAAAUCAGAGUGCAGCUGCUGCUCAGUACCCCUAUGUGUACGGUCAACAAAUGAGUUAUUGGUAUCCCCAGGCAUAUGCAGCUUCAGCUCAAAUGCAAGGUCAAUACUUACAAGGAAUGCAACCGAAUUACUAUGGACAGUUUGGUUACCAACAAGGCUAUGUUGGACGAAUGGGAAUGCAAAUGCCCACUGCUACAUGGCAAGGAGUUCCAGCCCCUGUACCUGCGUCUGCACAACAAAUGGCAGUAGCUGCUCAAGGAGCAGCUAUGCAACAGCCAGGAACCAUGAUGGCCUACACAAUGCCUCAGUUCCAAACACAGUGACAUGUUUUAAUAAAUUGUAAAUACAAAGAAGACUAUCUCGAUUCACAUUUACCUUAGUACCAGAGUGUUGUUGUGUUUUAUAUGUGAUAAACUGGGAACUAAAUUAUCAUCAAUUAUAAACUAAAUUAAAUUAUUAGGCUUGGAGUCUAUUUAUUUCAAGGCCUAAUUAGAUUCAAGAGAAUGGACGCAUACCAGAAAACAAGAACUUGGAGCUGACAUUACCAUUACCGUUACUGCAGACAAACUUCUCAUAAUGUGACCUGUACGUAACAUAAAGUGGUAAUUUUUGGACAACUGUGCAUAAUUAUCAUCAUUGUAAUAUGAAUUGUAUUGAAGUGUUUUUACCAUAGCAGGGGGACCUUCUUAUUUUUUCUACUAGGGACUUGUCAAUCUUCUCUUUGGUGUAAAUAUAUUGGUGAGGUGAAAUAUGAUGUUUAAUUUUAUCUCUAUGUUUUUACUUUUGUAAAUACAUACCUGCUCUAUUAUUUUCCAUAUUUUACUCUCAACACCAGUUUUGGUUUGAUGAAACUAGCAUUCCUUAAAUUUCUUUAGUUUAAAUAUAAUUCUUUGUUAUACAAGGUAUUCUGUUUCAAUUGUAAUGCAUAGGCACAGCAAGGCUGUGGUGUUUUAGUUUCCCUUCAACCCUAUACCAUGAUAUUUGUAUUUUUUACAAAAGAAACUAAUUUAUAACUUUGUAUAUAGUAAAAAAAAAACACACUUGUUAAAACCUAUAGCAAUUUUAGAAAACAUUAGUGAUUCAUUUUCUUAUUUUAUCCAAUUAAAACAAAGUUAAUUGUUGGAUCUCUUGCCAAUAAUAAAUUAAGACCAGACAUUUUUUAUUGAUUUUUAAACUAUUGAUCUAAUUAGGUAGACCUGAAUUAUAUAUUUAUACAUGUUUAAAUUUUCUUAUAUUUUUUCUUAUUUAGUAAAGGUAGACUCAAAUGUUAUAUAGCCUACUGCAAAUGAAUGAUUUCCUAUAACUGGAAUAAACAUUUCAGUUUCUUUAAAUACACUCUGGUACCAUGUCAAGUGACAUCGUGUUAAUUAAGUAAUAUAUAACAAGACAUAUGGUAAUACAACACUGUGAUUGGGUUGAUUAAAAAUAUUAAAAUAGAUAAUUCGUAGAAUUGUAGGGAAUAAAUUGAGGGAAAUUUCUUUCUAGCUGCAUAAUGUUCUGUUUGAAUGGAUAAUGACGAUGUGUACAGUAAAAUAUUAAUAUAACUAGAUUGUAGAAUAGUAGUGUUUAGAACCUACUUUACUUGUAAAUAAAAUGUGCAAUAUAAGUAUAUAAUAAUACUCAUCCAUAAGUUAUUUAAGGUAGCAACUAUUUAAGGUCCUUGAAAAGACUGUUUCCAAAGCAAAGGUAUUGUCAGUAGUGGACAUUAAGUUUUUAUAUUAAUCAUAUUUGCCAGAGACUAGCAUUUUUACUUUUCAAAUUUAAAAUAAGUUGCUCCUUAAACCAACCCAGAUUCAACUGACAGCAGAAUUAAUCAAAUGUAAUACUGAUCCUACAAACGAUACUAACAAAAUUACUUAUAGCUAUUGUUUAUGUCAACUAUAUACUGCUGAAUCUUAUUUCAUGUAGAAUAAAUUACAAACUCAAAACAAAUCAAUAGUAUACAAAUUACUAAACAUCAGUUUGUCAUCAAUUAUAUUACAAAGAAGAAAUUGUUUAUGAAUGCCUGUCUUUAAUGCGUUUUUCCUGGUAAACGUAAAAAUUAUUGAACCGACUGGGCUAAAAUUACACAGAAUGUUAGAUCAGGCUAAUUCAUAUCCUUGUAAUCAUCUCUAACUGCACCUCAUGAAUGUCUAAAGUUGAUAGGUGGAGCUUUUUGGAAGUAAAUAUCAUCAUUAUUGCUUUUGGAUACUGAAGUCAUAUAGUAAAAACAAACGUGUAAUCAUAAACAUUGCGCAGAAGGUCCAUUCCAUUAUGAAUUAGUACAACAGCUGUUUCUCUUGAGUAAAAAUUAUCUGGUUUUGAUGAAAAUCGGUUUAAACGUUCAAACAAAUUCGCAAACCAGCAUGAUGGGACCAUGGGAAAUCUUACAAAUAGAAAUUCACUUAGGUUUGCUGCGGCGGUAAUAUUAUGUUUUUUUUUUAUAUUUAAAAAGAACAUAGUUGACAGAGCCUAUUCACAGGGUGUGCUAACGCCUAUGAGUCUAUUAUCGUCCUUAGUUUAUGUUGCUGUUGUCUGUUGAUAUGACACAUAAAAAAAAAUAUCACGAAUGUAUUUGUAUACUAUUUGGAAAUUUCUUAUGUUGUAAUCAUUCUGCUGCUGGUUUACUUUUUUGUAGUCACAGUAUAUUAUAGCCUAAUUGAAAAUAAGUAAUUUUAUACAAGUAUAGUUUUGAAUAUGUCCAUUCAUUUGAACAGAACAUUUGCAUUGACAGAUAAAAGUCAGUAGAAGAAUAGCAAUCCUAUUUUAAAAGCUUGUGAUAAGAGUAAGGUGGGCUAACCUUACUGGUUGUUUCUUUUUUACAUAAUAAAUUUGAUAAUUAGGUUUCCUUUUUUUGCCACAUAAUAGAUUAUUUAUGUACUUAAUUUAUUUCAGCUUUCAUAUUUAUACAUUAAAUCAAUAUUUAUUUUAUGUGUUGUUGUUCAAUCUGAUGUAUAUUUGGUUUAUAAACAGCCAGCAAGUGCCCAUAGGAAAAGGCUGAUGAGUGUCUCAAAAAGUAUGUUGUAAUCAGAGAGUUCUGUCAAAGCUAAAAGGUUUAACAAAAUUGUACUGUUGAGAUUUUGUAAAAAAUUAAACAGUAAAAGAACUGG